AAGUUCCUCAAAAAAAAUUCCCAACGCAAUCGCAAGGCGCUGGCCUCCAUCGCCGCCGCCUGCACAUCCACCGUCGCAGUUCGCGCCUCCGGAGCCCGCGAGAGGAGCCUCGUCCCGCGACCGCGACCGAGCCCCACGCUCGCGGCAGGAGCCUCGCCCACGUACCCGCGGCCGGAGCUUGUGCCCCCGUCUCCCGUCCGUGCGCUCUGUCUCUCCGGCGGAGACGACUGGGACCCUAAACCCUAGGCCGCCGCCGUCGCACUUCCUGCUGAGCCAUGCUGGGCGCGCGUGUGCAGCUGAAGGGGUGGCAACAGGCGGCUGUUGCAUUUGGUUCUGCGUUUGGGGCCUUGCUUGACCCAAGAAGGGCUGAUCUUAUAGCUGCUCUUGGAGAGACUACUGGGAAGCCAGCGUUUGAGCGUGUGCUGCAACGAAUGAAGAACAGUGCAGAAGGCAGGGAAGUUCUUUUGGAGCGUCCUCGCGUUAUAUCCUCGCAGGUUUCCCAUGCCUGGGACAUGCCUCAGAACACAUUUGGUGCGGCGUAUGCUCAGUUUAUGGGAUCAAGGAACUUCUCACCAGAUGAUCGCCCACCUGUCCGUUUCAUGGACACUGAUGAGCUUGCCUACGUUGCAACCCGUGCCCGUGAGGUGCAUGACUUUUGGCAUGUGCUAUUUGGCCUUCCAACAAACCUGAUUGGGGAGACUGCCCUCAAGGUGAUAGAAUUUGAACAGAUGUUCCUGCCAAUGUGCAUGCUGUCAGUUGUCGGGGGCUCUGCAAGGUUCAGUGAGAAACAAAGGACGCUGUUUUUCCAGCAUUACUUCCCAUGGGCAACAAAAGCGGGUCUCAAGUGUACUGAUCUGAUGUCUGUAUAUUACGAGAAGCACUUUCAUGAGGACCUGGAGGAAGUGAGAAGAAACUGGGGAAUUCUACCAUGCCCUAAUCCCCAAAAGAGCAAUGUAUAGACUAUACACUAGCAUAUUCUGCAUGAACUUGUAUUUGUUUCAUCUUUGGUUCCGUUAGUUGCCCAAUUCUUUUGGAACAACGCCAUGACCUAAUGUUACUGGAUACUGAUACAUUAGAAAGUUCGAAGUAUGGUUAGCAAGUUGAUGUGCAACUCCGGAAUACCAACAGGUUACUUUGAUAUAUUUUUUGAGGUGGGGGAUAA